AUGAUGUCGUCGUUGGCUGCUGCUUUGCGCCGCAUUUGUAUGCCGAAACCUGCCAGCGGAAAGCUGGAGGUUUCCCAGGAGAUCCACAGGCAGUUCAAAGCUGGAGGUCAACAGCGAAAAUGCUUGUUGGACAUGUUGGUGAAAUCUAAGGGCAACAAGGAAGUAUUUCUGAAAACCAUCGAGCACCAGCAGAAAAAGUCCCGGAAGAACAACUUGCAUGUGGAAAAGGGGUUCUACACCAAAGCAAACAUGAAGAAGGACUUAGGAUGGGAUGCGGAUAGGAUUAAAGCUGCAGUGAAAUACUGCGCUGACCCACGCAGAGCCAAGACUCACGUCAGGCGGGACAAAUACCAGAGCCACAUCAAGGAGUAUUGGGUGGAUGUGCAAACAACCGGCAGUUUCGAUGAUGAGAAUGAAGAAACCUUUGUAGAUAAGACCACGGGGGAGGGACAAGCUGCGUCCUUCGACUUGGGGCUCCCAGCCACUGACCCAUGCGCAGCAGCACGAGGUGAAGAUGAGCCUGAGCCAGUGGACACCGACCAUGAGGUCGACGAUGACAUGGACGACGGCACCAGCAGCAGAAUGAGCAGAACACGGGUUCCCCCCAGAAGUGAAGUUCAAAAAGAACACGCCCUAGAGGCCAUUGAGAAUGUUGGGACUGUGAUGUCACAACUCUUGAAAGUUCAGUCUCGCAUGGAGAUUGCCCGGGACAAGCUUUCAAAUAUCGAUGGCAACGAAGCCCAAGAGAGCAUGGCCAAAGUUGAGAAGUUUCGCACCAGCUUGAUGAAAUUGCAUGACGAGUUGGCGGACCUCAAGUCCUUUUUUGAUGGGCAUAUGAGUGACGAUGCUUUUGAUGAUGGGACAAUUCUGAAGGCUCCGCGAGCUGCCUCUGCCACCCCGAAGGCAAAGGCUAAGUCAAAAGCUGCUCCCAAAAAGAGGUCCAAGAAGGCUGCCCCCGUGGAGGAUGAGGAAGAAGCCCCCCCAACUACCAGGGGAAGGGGAAAGCCUCUGCAGGGGGAUGACGAUGAUCGGUUGAGCGCCAGCGCCUGGUUGCCUUCACGUGCUGGAUUUCCAGCAAGCACGGUUUGCGAAAUCAAUUUCGAUCGACAAUUCUACCUCAGAGAGGGUAUCAAAUUUGAUUUGGGGAACAGAUCUUUGCAGAAAAGUCCACGGCCUCCACCAGAAGCGCCAGCACCAGCAAAGUUCAAGAGCGGUCCUGCUGCCAAAGCGCUUGCCAAAGCAGUGGCCAGUGGAGCUACUUGGCUUUGGUCUUGGUUUUGGGGGUAUCAGAAGCUGAAGCUUGCGCCCUUGCCCGGGCAUUUUGGGAAGAGUUUUCACACCUUGUUUGUUCACAAUUUUGCUGACUAUGGCCUAGCGGCCGACAUUCCGCUAAGUUUCUACGAUGUGGGACUGAAAGGAAAACACCCUGCAUUGGCAUUGUCUGACAUCGUCAAGUGCUUUGACCAAAAGAACAAACUGGAGGUUCUUACACAAGGGCAUGGCGAACGUGAAUUCAAACAAUUCUGGGAAACAUGGCGGCUGGUACAGCCGAAGCACCCGAUUUUUGAGACUCAUCGAGGUCGAGAGGAGCAGUGCAUACCAGUCUGCGUACAUUGCGAUGAAGGAACGACUUUGAAAAAAAGAAGUAUCAUGAUCAUACAGGUGGAGCCAUUGAUGGGAAAAGGCACACGCAAACGUAAAAGCACGCAGGAUGAGCCAGGCUGCAACUUGCUGGGUUCCUCUGUCACAAACCGUGUUUUGUGGAGUGUGAUGCUAUCACGUGUAUACUCUGGCAAAAAACUUGGUAACAAGCCCUUGCUGAAGCUGAUCGAUCAUCUAGCUACGCAGCUGUCUGGCGCAUUUUACAAUGGUUUUGAUCUUGCCCGCGAAUCGAAGAAGAUCUACAUGGUUCCGAUCGCCAUGAAGGGCGACUGGCCCGCUUUGGCGAAGGUGGGCACAUUAUUGCGGCAUUUUGGGUGGCAAGUGAAAUCUGGAAACGGUGGUGGCCAUGGUAUUUGUCACCUGUGCCAAGCAGACCGGCCAUCCUUCGAGAAUUGGCAUGAUGUGAGCUGGGCAAACAUGUGCAAAAUGCACAAUGGUUGUCUACUACCAUGGGUGCGUGAGCCCGGACUCUUGGCGGCGGUCCCGAUCCCCGAUGAAUACAAGGCAGAAUUCUUUCGCUUCGACAUUUUCCAUGCAUUGCACAAAGGAUUGAUGGCAGACAUGGCGGCCAAUGCGAUUGUCUGCUGCUUCGACGGCGAAGUCUUUGGGGCAGGUUCUUUUGAGCGUCUUUGUGACGUUUGCUUUGCUGAGCUCAAGGAAUUCUGCAGAAGCCACUCCAUGACACUCCACAUGAGCGGCCUAACCCGCACUCUGUUGGGUUUCAUGCGCUCUAGCGACUAUCCUACAGGGAAUUGGUUCAAAGGAGCCGAUACUGUGUGCAUUUUGGCCUUUCUGGAGUCGCGGAUUGCAGAGUCGCUGGCUGAUUUGGACGAUUCUGCCAAAUCCCUUUUUUCGGAAAUUUAUGAGAUGAUAGCUGCAGCAAAUAGCUUCAUGCGUUGCAUUUACCACUCAGCGCUCUGGCUGACUUCGGAUGAACGAGACCAUCUCCUGAUUUCUGGCCACAAGUGCGUAAACUAUUUCCACAAGUGUGCCCAAAGGGCCUUUGAUGCGCACGUGACACGAUGGAAAUACAUGCCCAAGAUUCACCUUUUUGGUGAGAUCCUGUUUUUCUUAGAGCGCGACAAGCGAAGGAAUAUUCCCAGUUUAAACCCCCUUUCGUUUUGCACGCAGCAAGACGAAGAUUUUGUUGGCAGGAUUGCAGUCCUAUCGCGUGCUGUAUCGGUUAGAACGGUGCACUCGCGUACGAUAGGUCGCUACUUAGUGUCUUUGGCAUCCAGUUGGUGA